AUGUCUUGCGUCAUCUUACAAAUCGGUCAGUGCGGAAAUCAGGUCGGCCAACAAUUCUGGUCGCUAGUCGAUAAUUCACUAAUCCGUCACGGAUAUUCGACAGAUGACGCCGACAACUGCUUCACAUUAACAAACCCAUCAAACAACCAACGCUAUUAUCGAUCAAUCAACAUAGAUACAGAAAACAAGGUAAUAAACAGUUUAUUUGCCAACAACAACAAAUUUUUGAAAUUCAACUUUAGGCCUUGUAACGUGAUAACAGAGAAAUGUGGGAGAGGAAACAACUGGGCAAUGGGAUACUAUCAAGGAAGGCUAUCCCACAGGGAUGACAUAUUUGAGAGGACUAUGCAGGAAAUGAGGAAGGAGGUCGAAAGAGGUGAAACAUUCAAGGGAUGUGCAAUUUUUCACAGCGUAAGUGGAGGAACUGGGUCCGGUGUCAGUUCGAGAUUAGUAGAAUUGAUUAGGGAUGAAUAUGCGAAAGAAUGUUUAAUUUCAUUUGCUGUUACACCAUUCGAAAAUGGAGACACACCUUUACAAGAUUACAAUUCCUUAUUGGCUCUUUCUAAAAUACAUUUUCAUUCCGAUGCCGUUGUCCUGAUAUCAAUGAUCAGUAAUAAUAAACCAGCAUCUGCUACCACUUCAACUUUUAAUGACUUGAAUAAAAUGAUUGCUGAAUGCAUUGCUGGCUUAACUUUCCCAAUAAAUGAUUAUGAAAACAAUUAUUUAAACGAAAUCAUGUUAGAAAAAAUUGCAAAGACAUUCAACACAGACUAUGCCAACAAAUUUGUGAGUUGUAACUCCACAUCACAGCAAUUCAAAAAUUGGGGAGAUGGUGUGGAAACACUGUUAAACCAGCUUGAAACAUUCAAUAAAAAUGAAAAUGCAACUCAAGAAAAUUUCAAAUUAAAACAAUUACUAAUGAUCGGCAGAGGAAAUUUACAACUGAACAAAGAGCCACUUACAAAGUCGUUCAUAAACAAGAUUCUAACAAAUUAUUUUCAGAGCAGAAGGAGCACAAUGCCAAUCUCACUUCUGCAAUCAGAAGGCUCAUCAACUUCACUAACAAUGGCCUUUCAAAGCAACAUAAGCAAAAUAUAUUUAGAGAAAAUAUUUAAAAACUCCUUAGAAAAGUUUGCAGUCGGUGCAUACGUACAUUGGUAUGAAAGGUAUGAAGCCACAGUUGAGGAUUUUCAUAGUGCAUUUAAAUAUAUCCAGAAUCUGCUCAGCUAUAUGUGA